AUGGCAUCGCACGAUAAUCAAGAAUUAAAAUUACUUUUUACGUUAUUUGAUGUUGAUAACAGUGGAACACUGACUACAGAUGAAUUAAAGCAAUUACUGCAAUCACCUGAUCUCAGUGGUCCAUCAGUUUCAGAGGAACAAAUAACUGAAUAUUUGAAACUAGCUGACACCGAUAGCAGCGGUGACAUCUCUUUGAAUGAAUUUGUUGCUUUUAUAAAUAAUCAUGUUCCACAAGGAACAUACGGAUUAAAAAGUAUAUUUCGAACCAUUGAUACAAGUGGUGAUGGAUAUGUUGAAAAGGAUGAAUUUGAACAAGUGAAGGAAACUAAGAAUGAUUUGAAUCCAAUUUUAAUUAAAAUAUUCGAUAGAAAAUUUCAAAAUGAUGCAACUAGUAAAAUCACCUAUGCACAGUUUGUCGACGAUGUCAACGAAUAUUACAAUGGUCUCAAUAAAAAUUAA